CUGUCAUUCUAUUCUCGCUUAGUUGCUACCUUGUUUCCUUGUAUGCCAGAUGUAGCUACAGACUUAGUAGAUCGACUUAAGGCAGAUUUCAAAUACCAUGUGAAAAAGAAGGAUCAGAUUAAUAUUGAGUCUAAAAUCAAAACAGUUCGUUUUAUAGGUGAAUUGACCAAGUUCAAGAUGUGUCCAAAGGCAGAUACUUUACAGUGUCUUAAGGUUUUGCUGUCUGAUUUCCGCCAUCAUAACAUUGAUAUGACAUGUGCAUUGUUGGAAGUUUGUGGUCGCUUUCUCUACCGUACAGCUGACUCAUUUGUCCGCACUAAUGCUCUACUG